AUCAACAAUGACAUUUACUGACAUUUCGUUUUGAUUACAUUAUUUUUAAGAAUUUUUUGGUGAUAUUAUGGAUGUGAUCCCUCCUCGACAUAGGAAACAGCGCAACUCAAAUUUUAAAACGACCGAAACGGGCGUCGUGCAUCAAGAAAAUGAACAAUUUUCCAAGCGUGAGCUGUUAAGCAACUGGAACAAAUACGACGAUAACGUUCCACAAACUGACGCUCCACUUGCCUCUAAUUUCGAAGAGCUGCUAUCACAGCCAGCAUCAGUGGGCGGUCACUUUUUGUUCAAUUCGGAAAAAGGUUGGGAGUCCAACGACGACUGGUACAAUCGCGACGAUUAUUUCCAGCUUAAUUUGAUAGAAUUAAGCAAAAGUCUUGCGACCUUACCAUACUAUGAACGUCUGAGCUACUCGCAAAGCAUUUUCAGUUCAGAAGAAAUUGAUGAAAUGAAUAGGCAAGCAAAAUAUCAACUUUUUAAAUGGCAAUCGAAAGGCAGCAACACUGGAUCGUCUAGGGAUGUCAAAUGUGAAGCAAAUGUACACAAUAUUGAUCACGUACCACAAAAUGAUGACGAUGAUUUGGAGGAAUUGUUAAAAAUAACUGGAACUGGACAUCGAAAAAUGAAAAUUUCAGAAUAUUCAUCAAACAUCAAUCAGUCAACGGGUAGUAGCGUCACAAUUCAAUCGGUCCAAGCACGGAGCACUGCAGAGUCCACAGACGAUAUUCAGAAAUGGUUGGACGAUGUUCUGAUACUGGACAGUUAAAAAGACAUUCGUAAUGAACAUUAUAGAUAGUUGUAACAUGGCACAUAUGGUAUGUAGGAUCGAAAAGAUAAUAGAAAUUAAUUCCACUUGUAAGAAUGAAAA